AGACACCAAAGCAGGAAGUGGCCCUUUGAGCACAAAUAUGUGACACGAUUGCAUCGACCAAGCAGCAGACGCAAUUGAAGUCUUACGCUUUCUCUCUCUUUUUUUUUUGCCGAUAGUUGGGAAUUUUUCGAAGUUCAGCACUCUCAGUGGGAGGCUCUAAAAGGCCCACUAUGGGUCACUCGUGGCCGUUUGAGGGCCUUGCACUCUUAGGAUUCUGAUGUGAUCCCUCCUGUUCAUUUCCAAUGAAACCGAGCCCUCAAAUGUUGUAGCUGCUGAGGGGGGUCAGUGGACUGGGUCAAGGUGACCGAGGCAGGACGCCAUGUCUCGCACCCAGUCAGAGGGCCGUGCGGGUGACCGGUCCCCUCUAAUUCUGGAGAGCCGCUUUUCCACAGAGCUGCAUAUAUCUGAACCCGGCGAUGAAUGCUACCAGUCACAAAGCUCCCCGACCGUCCAGGCGGAGGCACGCACGGUCCAAGAGGAUGGAGUUGACAGGCUGGUGGUGCCGCAGCAACUGAUUUUGAGCACCCAAAGUGCAGCGGCGCUGAAGCUCGGCACCCAGCAGAUCAUCCCCAAGAAUCUAGCCGUGGCCAGCCGGCCCAAAAACCGCCACCACACCACGGUGGUGACCUUCCCCGUGGGACUGGAGAAUUCCAGUCAUGGAUCCCGCAUCCGACACUCAGCUCAGGGGCCUGAUGUGAGCUGGGAGGACUAUGACAGCGAUGGAGACGGCUUCGCCUUGAGGAGGAACCGCAGGAACAAGUCCUACAGAGCAGCGGUGACCAGUUUGGACAUUGAGGCCAUGGCGAGGGGAAAAGGGGCUGUCGAUGCACUAAAACCCGUAAAAGAAGGCAGAGGGUCCAGUCCAGGUUCAGCUCGCAGCCCCGUGAGGAAGCGAACUCUGGGGAGAAAGAGGAACCGUAACCAGCGCGGAUCAUUCAAAGAUGCGACGCCGCGCCUCUACCAGGAGAUCCGAGAGCGGGGUUUGCACUCCACCAACCAGGAUGAGCUGCUGGACGACUUUGUGGUGGUGGAAGCUCCGGUCGAGGAUCAGAGCAUCGUGGUCAAGAGCUACAGGCCGGCGCAGCUCACCUGGAGCCAGUUGCCACAGGUGAAGGAAACCGGCAUACUGAGCAUGAUCUCACCUCAAGAGAGAAAAAGGCAAGAGGCAAUCUUUGAAAUAAUCACAUCGGAGCACUCAUACUUACACAGCCUGGGCAUCCUGGUGCGACAUUUUAAAGAGAGUGAACCUCUGAAGAAAACCAUGACGGCCACAGAGCACCAUCACCUCUUCUCCAACAUCUCGGUUAUUCAUCAAGUCAGCAAACGCUUUUUUGAGGAUCUUGAGCGGCGUCACAAUGACAACCCAGUGAUCCGGGAUAUUAGCGAUAUUGUUCAGAACCACGCCGCCCACCACUUUGAGCCGUACAUCGUCUACUGCUCCAACGAGACCUUCCAGCAGAGGACACUGCAGAAGCUCCUGAGCACCAAUGGUGCAUUCAAGGACACCCUGAAGCAAAUUGAAGGCAGCGGCGACUGCGGAGGCCUCCCGAUGAUCUCGUUUCUCAUCCUUCCCAUGCAACGGGUGACCAGGCUGCCACUGCUACUGGAUACAAUCUGCCAGAAGACCCCCGACAAGACCGCCGAGUACUUUGCGGCCGUCUGGGCCCUGCACGCCAUCAGCAAGCUGGUCAGCAGCUGCAAUGACGGCGCGCGGCGAAUGGAGAGGACGGAACAGAUGUACACCAUUCAGAAACAGAUGGAGUUCGGAAAAAUCAAGCCAUUUCCGCUGGUGUCGUCGUCACGCUGGCUGAAGAAACGUGGCGAGCUGGCCGUCGGUGCUGAAGAGCUCAGCAUCUGGAGAGCGUUCAGCAACAGGAGCAACUACCUGUUUCUCUUCAAUGACGUCCUCAUUGUCACCAAGAAGAAAAGCGAGGAGAGCUUUGUGGUGAUGGACUACGCCACCCUAGAUCAUGUGGAGGUGGAGGUCAGCGAGGAAUAUGAUGGUCAGGCGUCGCCGCCCGCGAAGAACAGCUCCAGUCAAAAUCUGUCCUUCAAACUGCUCAUGAGCAAGAACAGCGAGGGCCGGCCAGAGCGCACCACCCUAGUGGCCGAAUCCAGGGUGGACUGCGCCCGUUGGAUCGUCGCGCUCACCGAACACAAGCAGACAGAGCUUUUCUCCCGCAAAGAAGGUCUGCCUCAGUACGAGGCCGCCAAAGCCUACAUACCCAAGGAGCCCGAUGAGGUGGGCCUGCAGCAGGCUGAGCUUGUCAUUGUCCAGAGGAAGGAGGAGGGCUGGUGCUAUGGGGAGCGGAUGCGAGACGGCGAGAGAGGCUGGUUUCCCGCCAGCUGCGCUGCGGAGAUCACCAACCCCACGGCCAUAGAGGACAACAUGCAGCGAAUGAAGCGCCUCCGCCAAGAGUCCAACGUUUGAGGAGAGACUCGGUGCAGAGAACAGUGAGGUUAAGAUCCCUCGAGGCCGCCAUUAACCUCAUCCAAUUGUGCCUUGCUAAGGCUGAAGAAUUUACAUUUAAGGGGAAAAGAGGUACAGCCCAAGCCGAUUAUUAUAUUCAUGAAGAUGUGCAGUGCAUUUAUUGCGCUUUACUUUUGGAUCCUUUUUUUUGAAACCAUAUUCCACCAUAUUUUUUUUCCUGCUCAAACUUCAUGAAUCAACCUGUGAUUAGCUAAAAAGAAUAAAUAAAAUUAUUCAAAUCAAAAGAAAACCCUUCACAUUCUCAGUCACAUUUCAACAAAUCAUCCGAGUUAUUACAGCGCGUUUUUCCAUUUUGGAAUAAGGAUGUAUCACGGUGCCUUGAGAGAUCACUAAAAGUUGAAUGACCAUGAACAAGCUCAACUCGCAUCAAUCCUAUAAUUUUAGCCAAUUUAAAUGAAUUGAACUAUCAUAUAAUCACCCCCCCCCACCCCCAAAAAAAUAGUAUUUUGUAUGCAGCUUUUUAUAAGUCAAAUAGUGUAAUAGCAUCAUGAAACAGAAUGUAAAGUAUUGAGUUUUUGUCAUGACUUAGUGCUUCAAUUCAUUGUGCUGCUCCUCUUGGUGUGCACACCGUGGCCACUGGGGGCAGUAUUAUAGCCAUACAAUCAAAGUGGUCACCACUAUUCAGAAUCGAUGCCUGUAUUGUGCUAGCUAUUUUUUUUACAUGUUGCUACACCGUUUGUGAUUAAAUAUAUAUUGCUUGAAGGAUUACAUUACCAUGAUUGUUGUUGAUGCUUAUAGUUACCACAGUAAUGGCAUUUUCAAUUCAGUCAAUGGGGGGUUUCUUAAAGCAAGUUCUUUACUUGCUUUAAAUUCUCUUAGUUUGAUGUUUGGCUUGACACCAAACCUCAACUGAGUGGCAUUUAAUAGGUUUUAGGAUUUUUUUUUUUUUUGGUUGUUCAUUCUGACACACUGCUGUGUAUCAAGUCAGUUGAGUUCCCCGUCACCAUGUAGUUCUCAAGUUUGCAUCGGGGGGACUAAUCAGCCAGAUGACUGACUGCAUGUAUCUUGAGAAGGCACCACUGUACAACAAAAGAGACUUUCCAGAUGUGCUGUACGGAGGGUUAACCAGGACCCACAACUUAUGUUUCCAUAAAACCAGUCCUUUCUGGGUCAUUACUGAUUUCCAAUUAAAGGUAUUUUUACAUCCA